AAUAUUUUUUCUAACUUAUUCAAAUUUAAGACCAGUCUUAGGGCUAUUUUAGACUUCGUUCAUAAUAAAAUUCUCCCUGCUAAAGAAGGAGUUGACAUUUCAGUCAGGGAUGCAACCUUCAUAGGAAGUAUGUUUCCAACAUAUUUUUUUAAUAAGAUCUUCAUUCAAGGUUGCGCCACUUCUCUUAUGUCCCUCGCACAGUAUCUCUGCUCUUCGACAUUUGGAACAAUGUCUGAUACAAUGGGAAGAAAGUCUGUCCUGCUAAUUCUUUGCUUCGUGCACAUAGCUUCGACUCUUCUUCUUUCACAAUCUGGAAUAUCUUUUGUAUUCUUUCUUCUUGCUCGAAUUCUGCUUGGUGUAUCUCGCGCACAUGUUGGAAUUCUUUCCGCUAUGAUUUCUGAUGUUUCUGAUAGAGAGUCAAGAACAGCUGCCAUGGCAUCCCUAGGCAUUGCUUAUUCCUUGGCUUUCACUGUCGGUCCAAAAGCCAGUAGCUGGAUCCUCAACAAGCUGUUUUUCAAUGAAGGUUCCACUGGAAGUGUUCUUGGACCUCAUAUUGGUCUUUUCGCCGCUUCUCUUGUUUGCAUUGAUCUUCUUUUGCUCUACACAUUUCCAGAAACCAUAAAACCUAAAGAAGACACCGAAAAGAAGGUAAUUCCUCUUGAUGUGCAUUUGAGAUUCCAUUUUAACAAGUCGGUCCCGAAACGUUCAUUUUAUCAGUCACUCAAGAUUCUGAAUCCGAUUGAACUCUUCCGUUUCAGUGGAAUUGAAGAUGCUCGUGAUCGUACAAAAAUGAAGAAAAUGGCACAAGUUUUUUUCCUUCAUAUGUCACUCUACUCUGGGCUUGAGUGUUCACUUCUCUUCCUUGCUCAGCAGAGAUUUAACUAUACAGGUGAAAAGCAAUCUCAUAUCUUCCUCUUCACUGGUGUUACCAUGGUUAUUGUUCAACGUGAAGUCUUUUGUGUUUGUAUUCUUACUCUCGUUGACCUCCUUUUCCAGGCCAUGCUCCUCCAAGUUCUGGCUUAUUUGACUUUUGGCUUCUCUAUAACCGAAUGGAUGUUUUAUACUGCUCUGCUGCUCUACAGCAUUACUUCGUCUCUCUUCACCCCAACAUUCAACAGUCUUGCCUCGCUUUCAAUUGGACCUCAACAUCAGGGACAACUUAUGGGCACCUUCCGUUCCAUCAACGGUCUAGCACGUUGUGUCGGUCCUAGUUUGGUUGGAACUCUGAUGUGGGGAGUUGGAGCUGCCACAGCUUUUACAUUGGCGUCUGGGGCUACGAUUCUUGUUGCUCUUCUCUUCAAGAACAUUCCAAAUCUUGACGAAUUCAAAGCCAGCGGACAAGCCAAAGUUGAUCCUUCGACAAAGAAGUCAUCCUAA